AUGGCCGUCGUCACGAUUGUUGCUGGCGGCCUGUUGGCCGCUCUGCUACAGGCCGGUGUUUUGCGAAUGGGGGCCAACGGGCUUGUUGGAUUGGGCGGCACUCAGGAUUGUAUCCUUUGCGUAGGCGUCUAUGGAGCCGUCAUGGCUGUGGUUGCUGGAAUACUCUGA